GAGCAUGCUACUUUGAGAUAUCACCAUAUCAAGCGAAUAAUUCAAGUAGUAAUACUUGCACUCCGCAUCGCAGUCCCCCAUGGAGCAAGACGAACGAUCAUCCCCGGCCGCGGGAACCCCAGGGUCGAGAGCCAAGGCCCGUUCCGAUCAACUCAUGAAACGCGUCUCAAGAGCUUGCCUGCAUUGCAGGCAGCGUAAAUCAAAAUGUGAUCUAGACAGCAGUGGUAGUCCUGGUGUGCCACCAUGCCAACGCUGCAUUUGGGAUAAUCGUGAAUGCGUCCUCGGUAGCUCCAACCGAGGAGGACGCCGCAUACGCAAAAACAAGAUGCAGAAUUUCACCCCGGACAGUAUAGCGUCGGGGCGGAGAGACUCAAUCAUAGAACCGGCAAGUCCAACAAACUCGGAGAACCACCAGACAACGGCCUCGAGCUCGUACCCCGGCCCCGUUGUAUUCGUUGCACCAGAUCCACCCACCGCACCUUCGUUGUCCGUGGAAGACGAAGACACGGCUUCCAUCGGCUCUGUUCCCCGGAACCCCUCCGAUGCCUGGCAGUGUUUGACUGGCAUUGCGAAGCGAGGUGCAGAUGGCCCUAGCCCGGGCGUUGAAGCCGAACCUCUCCAUGUAAGCUCAAAUAGCUUCACGGGACUCAGUGCCCUACGAAAUGGCUCCGUGACCGACUUCCCGCCAAACAGUGGCAUCAAAGCAUAUCGACUAGUGCAAUCUCGAUCUCUGGAUACCGGGACUGUGUGGCAGCUAGUGGUUCGGUACGCCGAGCACUUCCACCCGUACCUCCCGUUGGUGCCACGGAAGUACUUUGAGCGUAGCGCGCUUGAUACCUUCGCUAGUAAUGAGAAGCAUCUUCUCACUGCUGUGCUGACCAUUGCCUCCAAAGACCUAGUGGAACGGCCAGAGAUCCAUGAGUACUGUUCCAAGUACAUGCACGAGUUGAUUUCCGGAAUCGCUGCCGGCGCCGACUGCGAUGUUGAGGCUGUAGAAGCUCUCCUCCUCCUAGCGGAAUGGGAGCCUCAAGGCCUCCGACCCCGUAUAGAGAAAGUCGGUCGGGGAGAGGAAGAUCGGGCUGCCUGGAUGCACGUUGGCCUCGCUCUGCGCUCUGGCUACUUCCUCGGGCUGGACAGAACAUCAUUUCGAGGUGACUCGUCCGGAGAUACGGAGACGGAGGCUCGAAGACGACUAGCCUGGACGAGCUGCUAUGUGUCAGAUCGUUUGAUUUCCGUCCGCAUUGGGCGAGCCUUCUGGUCUCGGGGACCGGGACCAAUGACUGGUCUCGUAAGCCAGGACUUCCCAUCGCUUCAACCGAUCAACGAGGGCGAAGAGGACUAUGCGAGAAUCUUCCAAGCUACGCUGGACCUGACUCAGCUGUAUAAUAACGUACACGAUGUGCUCUAUUCCGGAAUGCGGGCGAGCAACCAAAUGAUGCUUAUGGGCGACUAUGUCAAAUACGUCGACGACUUUCGACUGGCAAUUCUGCGCUGGAAAUCUCUAUGGGGCUCUUUAUCGUGCUCUACACCCAUGAAGGUCACUUUACAGCUUUCUUACGAAUACCUGAGACUUUACACCAAUGCGUUCGCCUUCCAGGCAGCAAUAUCGCAGUCCUUAGUCUCUAAGAUGAAGAAUGAUGAUCAGUGCCAAAGAGAGUAUUUGCGGGCAACUUUCAACAACGUGGCAUCGAUGCAGGAUGCUCGCUUCAUCUACGAGUCGGUGGAUGCUGCUAAAGCUUACCUAACCAUACUUGUAGAUGUCGUUGACCCGGAGAAACAUCUUCAUUUCAUGCCGCUCCGGUUCUAUCUAUACGGGAUUUAUUCCGCGGUCUUCUUGUACAAGGCCCGCUCCUUCGGCGUCAUAAUGUUCUCCGAGGAGAUGAGGGUGCGAGAUCUGGUCACGAAAACUACUCAAGUCCUUAGGCGAGCUAGUGCUGGGCCUGAUGACAUUGGGUCACGGUAUUCGCGGUUACUCGAGCUCUUAUGGCAACAGAAAUCGAUGCCAGCCGCUUCGUCGGCGGGUACUCACCAAGAAAGCGGGAUGCCAAUGCAUCACGAUAGCAGCACGUUACCGCACCAGACAUCCGAUCCUCAUGUGCAUUUUAGCCCUGCAAAUGAUUUCUCAUGGCUCGAUCUCGAGGCUGUUGGUGAUUACGUCUCUGGCGACCAGAUGUCAGGAACGAACUCACUCGCACUGGACACAUUCCAAAAUCCAGACCUAUAUUCUGCUGGGCAAGAUCGGCCUCAGAGUUGGCAAGUGCCCACGUGGUCCGGGGACAUGAACAGUAACCUUUUUUUCUGAAGGAGUCGAGAGUUGCUUAGUGACCGGUAAUAAUAACCAACUGGAAGGUUGCAACUUCGAAUGGGACAUUCUCGUCUGGCGACACUCAGUGGGGAUAUAUUUCCGUAUUGGCUUGUACGGGCUGUACCAACCAACAACCGCCCGCCGCGCUUGUGUCCUCCACCCCCACUGCCGAUGCGGGGUCGUGGGGGGUACAGUC